GACCUGGGCAGACGAAGGUUCUACUCACAGAAACUUGUUGAAGAUUGUCAUACUUGUUAAGUGUAAGAUCAAGAAGGGUAUACCAAUCAUAAUUGGUAAAUUUAAGGUGCCUCGGUGGCAAGUUAAACGCGGUUUAACAGAAUUGGAGUUGAAGAUGAAACGUGAAGAUUACUUAGUAAUGUUGAUAAAAGACAUUGUAAAAACAGUAGUUAAAAAAGUUGUACAGAACCUGAAUAUGUUUCAAAGGAAACAGCAAAAACGUGGGUCACGUUUAUGUUAUGUGUGUUGGCGAAAAGGGCACUUGGCUUAUUUGUGUCCAUCUAUAAAAGAUCAAAGUCAUGAUCAAAGUUUAAAUUAUAAUGUGAUGGAUGUUCACCAUGUAGAAGUUGGAAGAAAGAAGCAUGAAGGAUUGAAACGUA